CUGCCCGCCGCCUUCUGGAAGUCGGGAGAGCCCCGGCUGUCGCUGAGGAGUGCACUCUGGGACCUCGGGCGGCACAGCCUGCGAGGGGGAGGGGGGCCCGGCUGGCGGCGAUGAAGCCGUCCUGGCUGCAGUGUCGCAAAGUCACCGGCGCCGGGGGACUCGGGGGGUCCCUGCCCGGGUCCUCUCCAGCCCGGGGAGCCGGCCCGGCCCGCAGGGCGUACGUGGCCCCCGGCCCGCGGGGCGCUCUCGGGAGCCGGGGCUGCCGAGCGCUGUCGUCGGCAGGUGGGGGCGGCGAGUACAAGACCCACUUCGCGGCCUCGGUGGCCGACCCCGAGCGGUUCUGGGGCAAAGCGGCCGAGCAGAUCAGCUGGUACAAGCCCUGGACCAAAACGCUGGAGAACAGAUACCCGCCUUCCACGAGUUGGUUUGUGGAAGGAAUGCUUAACAUUUGUUACAAUGCCAUCGAUCGUCAUAUUGAAAAUGGUCAAGGAGAUAAGAUUGCUAUCAUCUACGACAGUCCUGUUACAAACACUAAAGCAACUAUUACCUACAAAGAGGUUCUGGAGCAGGUCUCUAAGCUGGCUGGUGUUUUGGUCAAGCAUGGUGUCAAGAAAGGUGACACCGUGGUUAUCUACAUGCCCAUGAUCCCGCAAGCGAUGUAUACCAUGCUGGCAUGUGCAAGGAUAGGAGCCAUCCACAGUCUCAUUUUUGGGGGAUUUGCAUCCAAAGAACUAAGCAGUCGUAUUGAUCAUGCAAAGCCCAAGGUGGUUGUUACAGCAUCAUUUGGGAUUGAACCUGGAAGAAGAGUAGAAUACAUUCCCCUUCUAGAAGAAGCACUGAGACUGGGACAACACAAGCCAGAUAACAUGCUCAUUUAUAAUCGUCCAAAUAUGGAGACAGUUCCUUUGGCUCCAGGUCGUGACCUCGAUUGGGAUGAAGAGAUGGCCAAAGCACAGUCACAUGACUGUGUUCCUGUUCUUUCAGAACAUCCGCUGUAUAUUCUUUACACAUCCGGAACAACGGGGCUGCCCAAGGGUGUUGUUAGACCCACUGGGGGAUAUGCUGUGAUGCUAAACUGGACAAUGUCUUCUAUCUAUGGACUUAAACCUGGAGAGGUGUGGUGGGCAGCCUCUGACUUAGGCUGGGUUGUUGGCCAUUCCUAUAUCUGUUAUGGACCUCUUCUGCAUGGGAACACAACAGUCCUAUAUGAGGGGAAGCCUGUGGGAACACCCGAUGCUGGUGCUUAUUUCCGCGUGCUCGCGGAGCACGGAGUUGCUGCCUUGUUCACAGCACCGACUGCAAUUAGAGCCAUCCGUCAACAGGACCCUGGGGCAGCCUUGGGGAAGCAGUACUCUCUGACAAGGUUCAAAACAUUAUUUGUGGCUGGAGAACGAUGUGAUGUGGAGACCCUGGAAUGGUCCAAAAAGGUCUUCAGAGUACCUGUCUUAGACCACUGGUGGCAAACUGAGACUGGAUCCCCAAUUACAGCAUCAUGCCUUGGAUUAGGUAAUUCUAAAACACCUCCUCCAGGACAAGCAGGAAAAAGUGUUCCAGGAUACAAUGUUAUGAUUUUGGAUGACAACAUGCAAAAACUGAAGGCUCGAUGUUUAGGAAAUAUUGUGGUAAAGUUGCCAUUACCCCCUGGGGCUUUUUCAGGACUCUGGAAGAAUCAGGAAGCAUUCAAGCAUUUAUACUUUGAAAAAUUUCCUGGAUACUAUGACACCAUGGAUGCUGGUUACAUGGAUGAAGAAGGCUAUUUAUAUGUUAUGUCUCGAGUUGAUGACGUGAUAAAUGUUGCAGGUCACAGGAUUUCUGCAGGUGCUAUCGAAGAGAAAGACACACAGCGAGAGAGGGAACACAAGCAGCGGGAGUGAGAGAAGGGAGAAGCAGGCUUCCCGCAGAGCAGGGAGCCCGAUGCGGAACUCGAUCCCAGGACCCCGGGAUCAUGACCUGAGCUGAAGGCAGACGCUUAACAACUGAGCCACCCAGGCGCCCCUGGGUGAUUUUUUUAAAACAUCUAUAGUAAUUUUCUUUGUUCUGAAGUUAGUUAUGUGUGGUAAUCACAUAGCCAUUCCAUUUUUUUUUUUUUUGAAUAGCAUUUGAAUCAUUUAUUUUUUGCCAUCCUUUCAUUUGGAUCAUUAUGGAUCCAUACAGAUCCAUCAUCUAGAUUAUUAUGCUUCCUAUGGACUUCUUGUAGAUAGCAUACAGUUGGGUCUUAUUUUUAUUUUUAUCCAAUCUGACAAUCUUUAUCUUUUAACUGAUGUUUUUAGAUCAUUUACAUUUAAACAAAUUAUUUAUAUAUUUAUGCUUAUCAGUUUAUUAGUUUUCUUUUUGCCUGUUCUUCAUUCCACUCCUAUACCCCAUCUCCUAUCUUUUAAGUCAUUUCAUUCUUUUUUUGUAGCUUCUGUUUCUUUACUGAAAACUUCUGUGUUUCCUUUUAUUCCAAGAAUGUUUGCCCAUUCUUCUUGCGCCAUGGCUAUUGUUGAGUUUUUAAGACUCAUCUUUUGUUAAUUUUAUACUGAAUGUGCAAAUGAGGUGUUAUGGGUCAAAGACAGAUUUCUUGAUAAUUAGUGUGUCAUUGCCCUCUUAGGUUCUAGCCUUCGGUCGCACAUAAGUGCCAGACACUUCAUAGAUGAGAGAUGAGGAAGAUAAUUUUUGUCGGCUUAUGAAGAGCAAGGAGACAUUCAUCUUCCACCCCUCAUCAGAAGGUCUCCUUCCAAACAUAAGGGCCUUAUUCCAAAUUCCAACUCUUUGAUAUGUAAAUAAAAUCUCUCCAGGAGCCAGAUAGCCCUGUGUGUCUCAACUCUUAAAAUUUAGAAAUGUUUCCAAGUUCUGAGGCUUCAUCUUUUUUUUGACAUGUAAAUACCUAGGAAGCUACUGAGCCAGUCUCCCCAGCACACUGUGAGUUUAACCUAGGGAUCUAGUCUAGUCCAGACUUUAAUAAUUUUGCCUUCCCAGGGAAAUUAGAAAAGUUUUAUUAUCCUUUCAGAUCAGAGCCAUUAACCUGGCAAACAGCAAUAGAUCAAAUUCUCAUGGUAUUUGAAAAUUCUCAGGAGGCUAGAGGUUUUUAUAGGAGCAAUGAGGAAUCCAGGAAAGUUUUAUCCUUCUGCCACCAUUAUAAUAGCUGCAUUAAAAUUUUUGUCUGAUCAUUCUAAUAUUUGGGUCAUCUUCGCAUUGGCAUCUAUUGAUUGAUGGUCUUUUUUCUUAAGAGAUGUUUAGGUUUUCCUGAUUCCUUUUAUGUCCAGUAACUUUAGAUUUUUAUCCUAGAUAUUUUGAGUAUUACAUUAUGAGAUUCUGGAUCCUGUUUAAAUCAUCUGGAUUUGUGUUCUUGUGAUUACUUAUUUUAGUUAAGAACAGACCACCUGUCCUUACUCACUUUUUGUGAACUGUGGUUCCAAUGUCAAUUUGAUUUUCAGUCUUUGCAGUGCUAUUUUGGUCCAUCUCACUUGUGUCUCUCCUAGAGGCCAAUCUGAAACUUGAGUUAAGUGUUCAGAAUCUACACUGUGCUGAAUCUGGUUGGAUUCAUGCAUGCACGAAUCUGGGGUAGGCUCAUACACAGAUUUAAAAUAUCCCUUUCUCUCCAGCUCCUUCCUCUCCAUAAUCUACUCUUCACUUUCUGAUUUCCAAGGAUCCCCAUUGCUGUUCUUUUGGGUAAAAAGUUGGGGCUUUGUGUUCCCUGUCUUCUUAUCAGGGGUCAAUACUGCAUGUUGUACGUGCACAGCAUCCCUGGGCAGAGGAUGAGACUGUCUCUUUGGUAGCACUUGCUUAGUGUAGAGCAGAGCAAAUUAGGGAUCUACUCAGGGACUGGAUAGCUGCUCUUGGGGGGGAGGGGGCAGCAGCGCAAAUGGCUCUGAAUCUUUCUAGGCUCCCUUAGGGUGUGUGCAUGUGUUUGGGGCGGGGGGUCCCUCAGGGUUUCAUCCCACAGGCUGUACACCAGUAGUGGAGAAGGGGAAGGACCCUUGCUGGCAUUCACUUGGAGCAGGGUGCUGAGAGUCAAUAUGGUUGCUACAGCUCUGUAGGAAGGAAGAAGGGCACUGCUUCUUUGUUGGUGUUCACCUGGAGCAGGGAGGUAAAAUGAAAAGGAUUAUUUCCCAGAUCCUCUGUCCUUUCCCUGGGCCUCUAUAAAGGCAGACAUUUCUUAGGGCUUUUCUGUCUGCACUUAUUGGCAGUUGCACCUUUUGGUCUACUCUAGCACCCAGGCCAGAGUUUAUAGGAGGCAAAACAAAGAAAGAAACAAACCAUAAUGACAGCAAAACCCAAAACCUCCAAAGAAACAAACAAAAAAGAGGGUUGUGUCUCGAGUUCUUAUAAUUUUAAUAGAGUCAUCGAUCUGGUUUUUUAGCCAGAGUUUUUCAUUGCAAUUAGUAAAAGUGAUAAGAUGGAACAUAUUUAUUCCAUCUUUUCCAGAACCAAACCCAGAAUAACUUUUAAAUGGAAUAGAGCAAACUGAAGUUUAAAUGAAAGACAAUGUUUAAAAAUAAUUCAGUGGAAUCAGAGUGUGCAGAAUCAAAGUUUAGUUCUCCUUCCUAUAAUUUGAAGAUGGUCACCUUCUUUGAAAGUCAUACUUAACCUUCAGCGAAAACAAAAUAGCUUAACGCUUCUUGUCAUGUCAGCUUUGUGUGUGUGACAAUGUAAUAGUAUUUGAGUAAAAGGAAAGAACUUCUUUAUAUAAUAUUUUAGAAUAAGUGGCUUUGUGUGCUAUCAUAAUAUUAUCUUAUUUUUAACCUACUGUGAAUUUUGUGAUAACCUGAAAUUGAAAUUUACACUUCAUGUAUUUUGGUGUGUUGGCAAAAGGUGGUUCUGGUUGCAUGAACUUUUAAUUUCUUGCCUGUAGGAGAUUACUUCUAAUAUUCACCUGCAUUUCUGGCAGAGACAGCUAAUCAAAAUAUGGAGAUUACAUAUGCAAGGCUUUUAUAAUCAGUCAAAGUUCUUGGUUCUCUCUUUUAUUUUUAGAACAAAAAGACAAGUGUCAACCUAUUUAAAUAUAUGCUUUAAUAUGUUUCUACUGACAUCCUUUUCACUGUAUGUAAUCAGAGAAUGAGGCAGGCAGAAGGUAGGCAGUAAAAUGACAAAAUUGAAAAAAAAAAAAAGCAUGCUAGAAUCAAUAGUUUCCAACAGGAAUUUUGUCACUAGGUCUUGGAGUACUUACAGCACGUAAUAGGACACCUGUCAGCCUUAAAGCCUUCUUGAAGUGAACGUCUCCCUUUAUAUGAAUUAAAUGAUUAACUCUAUCAUAUAUUUAUGUCUAAUAAGGAAGUUAAUACCUCAAUUCAUAUCAGGUUUGUCUUCUUUAUGUUGGCAUUUGUUAGAGAGUUUUGAACUAACAUUCUUUACUGGAUUUUUCUCACCUCCUAGCAAAAUUGCUUAACAUUGAUAAUUAAUGUGUAUGUUUUUACAUACAUAUUUUUAUUGGUUUUAUUGAUGACAUAACCAACAUUUAUUAAAGGGCCAAACCUUACUUUAUUUGUAAAUGCUUUCCAGGACUCUCACCAGGAUUCUCAAUUGUCAAUUCUGAAUGUUGGAUUCCACUUUGAGUUUUUGAAGUAGGAUUUGAGGGUCUUAAUUCACGGGACUCUCAUUUGUAAUAACUAAAAAUAGACUGAAUGUUGUUUUUAUAUAGUGUGAAAAUCUGUGUCUUUCCAGUUUCUUAAAGUAAAAUAUGACAAGUGCAUUACCUUACAUAAGACUAAAUCAAACAAAUUCUAUUAAAAUUACUACAUUAAACACAUUUCAGGAAACUGUAUGUUCUUUUCUGUUCUCAUCAUAAGAAAACAGUUCUAGAAUAGCUUUUAUAAAUUUAAGAGCAUCUUAUCCUUGCAGAUCUCAACACAUGUAAGGGCCUUCUGUAACUAUUAAGUAAUAAUCAUAUCUAUUUGAAAAGUUGAUUAAUGUUUGAGAGCCUGGCAUCUAGCCAGACACUUGGGAUACUUCAGUGGAAGUUCAAAGUGUCCUUAAAAAAACUGGGUCUGAAAUCUGCUAAUUCAGGCCUUAUGAGCCCAAAUUACUAGGAGCUAAUGUGGUCCUUCUUACUUGGUUCUCUUUCACUGUUGUGGUCAGGCUUUCAUGCAAAGACACCUCCAGGGAACAAAUUAGUAUCCCUGGUUUCAUUCUUUCACUUGUAGUUUAAGUUUCAUUUUGCUAAAUAAUCCAACUAGUAUCCUUGGGAACUGUUAAAAUACGGCACUUAAAUCCUAGAGCAGUGUUCAUUGUUUGCCCUUUGGCAGGUUAUUCGAACCAAAGUUUCACUGUUUGUUUUCCAGGUUAGCUAUUUUGUUUGCUAUUUUUAGGAGUGAUUUCUUCAGGAUUGAAUAUAUUUCCAUAAAGUGUGUAUUCAGCAAAGAUGCCAUGUAAUUUCACUUCUACCCAGCAUUAAAUGACUACUGGUUUUAAA